AUGGAUUCGAUGCUCAUUAGUGGAAUCCAAUUCGCGGCCCUCCCGAGCAGCUACAUUCGCCCGGAAUCCGACCGGCCCAAACUUUCCGAGGUUGCUGAGUGCCACAGUGUACCCGUUAUCGACUUGGGCUGUCAAGACAAAAGCCUCGUCGUCAGAAAAAUUGGCGAUGCUUGUCGUGACUUCGGUUUUUUUCAGGUGAUCAAUCAUGGUGUACCGAAAGAAUUAGUCGAUCAAAUGCAGAGUGUCGCGCGCGAAUUCUUUAGUUUGCCGGUGGAGGAGAAGAUGAAGCUUUACUCAGACGACCCGUCUAAAACCAUGAGGCUCUCGACAAGUUUUAACGUGAAGAAGGAGACGGUUCAUAACUGGAGAGACUAUCUCAGACUUUAUUGUCAUCCAUUAGAGAAAUACGUGCCCGAAUGGCCUUCCAAUCCUUCGUCUUUCAAGGAUAUCGUAAGUAUCUACUGCACGGAGGUUCGAAAGCUCGGGUUUCGGCUUCAGGAAGCCAUAUCCGAGAGCUUAGGAUUGGAGAAAGACAGUUUAAAGAGUGUAUUUGGAGACCAAGGUCAACAUAUGGCCAUCAACUAUUAUCCCGCGUGCCCACAGCCCGAUCUCACGUACGGGCUACCGGCCCACACGGACCCUAAUGUACUCACCAUUCUCCUUCAGGAUUUGCAAGUCACCGGGCUUCAAGUUCUCAAGGAUGGGAAAUGGCUGUCGAUAAAGCCUCGCCCGGGGGCUUUCGUUGUUAACAUCGGUGACCAAAUCCAGGCAUUGAGUAAUGGAAAGUACAAGAGUGUUUGGCAUCGAGCUGUAGUGAAUGCCGAUAAGUCAAGGCUUUCGAUAGCUUCCUUCCUCUGCCCUUGUGAUAGCGCUUACAUUAGUUCACCAAAAGAUAUCACUUGUGGAGAAAAUCGAGCCCUUUAUAGAGGUUUCACAUAUGCCGAGUAUUACAAGAAGUUUUGGAGCCGGAAUUUGGAUCAAGAUCACUGUUUGGAGCUGUUCAAGAACUAG